ACCAGAGCACCGAGUGUGCUUUGCCUCUCUUUGUUGUCGCCGGCGGCGGUUCGCGCCAGCCUCACCAGAGGUCAGCACUGCACGCCAGUGGAAAAUCGACUAUGCGCGAGGACAUCUACAUCUGCAACAAAACUUUGUAACAAAUUUUACCUGACCUUGGUGCAAUCUUGUAAUAAGUAUUGGGCGAUUUUAGCAACUCUUAGAAAUUUUAAAAUGUAUAAUCUAACAAAUAUAAGUUUACUAAUUACUAACGAUUGAGUAUUGCAGGUGCAUAACAGUUUAUUGCUGCUUUUCAAAGUAGAUAUUAGUGCGCGUAAUUUGAUGCCUUUGCCGUCCAUUGCCGCGCGUUUUCACGCUGGUUUUCUGCUAAGACACGCAUGAACUUGUUUUUUGUCGUUCGUUAGAAUCGUAUUCACUUUCCGGUACUUCCCCUGAUUUUCGACAGCAUGCAGCACACUUUCUUCUUUCUCCGUUUAUGCAGAAUAUUUUCUGGUAAAUGUGUACAUAAUUGGUAUAAUUUAUGUAAUAAUUAAUUAACUUCCACAACAUUUGUCCAAUAAAGCAUGUUUUGUGGCCACUGUGUCCAGUAUUACGCAUGCACUCACAAGUCCACACAGUCAUGUUUUCAUUCAUGUGCUUGAGUCUGCAUUGUUUUUAUUAUUUAUGUGUAUUUUCAUUUUCAGCAGCUUCAUAACUCGCAGCAUUAACUGAAAAUAUGCAGCAACCAAAGUUCGGCAACGCGAACCUGCUGAACAAAAACAGAAUGGACAGAUUAUGUAGACAGUCGAACAACGGAAUGAAACUAGAGGAUAACAUGGACAUAAAUAAGAAAGUCAAUCGAUUCGGACCAAUUGCAUUGCAAGGGACAGGACAAGUAACUACAUUUCAAUCUCGAGAAAAUUUCUGGAGUAGAGGGCCAGCCAGCAAAAGAUCAACUUCUCCCGCACUGUCUGUAGUGUCAGUGGCCUCUUCUGCAGACUCGUGGUGCAAAAAGUAUGAAAAGAAGAGAUCUACGCCUAAUGACAAAUUGAAGAAUGUUAACGUCCGGCAUACAUGGAGAGCAAGCAGACCCACAGAUAUCAAGUCUGAUUUCUCGGAUGACUCUGAUGACGAAGGAAAAGCCCGAUUUGAAGUCAAGAAAGGGCCCAAGGACUGUCAAAACUAUAAAAGAGCAGACUUAACCCAGUUGAAAGAUAUCACUUUUUCUACCUUUGAGACAGCAACUACAGAUCUGGGGAGGAAUGUGAGGUGGAGUUUAGAACGAAAAGACUUUUUCGGACUCAGCGAAGGUGUCUUUUGUGGAAAUCGUGUUGCCACUAAGUAUCUUCACCUGCCUAAAGACCCUUCAAAUGUAAACCUAGAUUUGAACAUCAUGCAACCUGAAGACUUGCGCAAUUUUCCAGUCAACAUAAAUGAGAAUAUUAAUGAGAUCACCAUGUGGGUCAUGGACAAUUUCCCAAAACCAACAAGUUUUGAGCAUGCCUACCCCGAUGUUGGUUUUGUGUGCUCUAGAUUAGAACUUGACCACAUCAUGAGUAUACCCUACUUGCACGACAAAACCUUUGAUUUUGAACACAGCUUCGGCUUCAUCAUUUCGGCUGUAAAAGUGAAGGGGAAGAUUUACCUCUCUACGUUUUACACGGACGAAGAGAAGAGCAUAAGAGCAGAGACAAAAGAGUUCAAGGGUGCAUAUUUGCCUUUGAACAGUAGCACUGCUGGAUUUAUGUUUCUAAAACAUGUCCUGUCGAAUGGACCGAAUGAGCUGCCAAAAUUGGAUGUACCUUUCAAUAGAAGAGAGUCUGAGCUGUACAGUGUGGACAAAGUAACUGUAGGGGAUCAUGUCCUGCUGGUGCAAAACAAAUUCAAAGCCAUUCGUUCAGAGGAAGAACUAGAAGAGUUCAGCAAAUACAAGAUGUUCGAACUAAAGACGGCUACUAAACCAUAUAAACUGAGGAACAUGUUCCCAAAAUUACUUCGGUGUUUGGCAGGGAAUAUUAGCAGUACCAUUAUUGGGAGAGCCACCCUGAUAGUACCGUUGUGCAUCCGAGGAUCGAGGUGUGUCUGCAAGCUGUAUCUAAGUUUCUCAACUCUAUCAAGAAGAUCAUCACUGAAGAUACACCUAAAGAUACAGUUUACACCUUUAAGUACUCUCCAGCUUGCAAGGGUAAGAUGACUUGCACCAAAAGAGUGGGAAGACAAAACGUCAGGCACUUUCAGUUCAUCACUAGUGACUUUUUUAACUGGGUGAAAUAGUGUAUAGGAUAAAAUUUGUGUGCUCCAAAGCUAAACUUCUACUUAUGAUGAUAUGUGUUGAGAAAUUGAUACUUGAAAACUAGUGAGCACUAGAGUGUGCUAAUUUAAGUUAAAUACUCUUAUGUGUUCCCAUUGACUUAUAUUUAUAUUCACUAAUUAAUAAUGUAUGUGCUAUAUAAGCAACUUGAGCUUGAUUUAAAAUUUAAAUUAGAAUAUAUGGUCUGAAUCAUAACCCCAAAGAUUAUUUUUUAACGCAUUACCAAUCUUUAUAUGCUGCGCUCUGUACAAUUUAGCAAAGUUUCUGUAAAGAGGUAGCAAUUUUAAGUAAUAUUAAAGUGAGAAAAUUUUCUCAUAAAAACUAGUGUGUUCUCCUUUUCGCAGCUCAUACAUAGUCUGUUAUUUUUUAUUUAAACAGAAGUGAUGUGUGUAGAUAAAGAGAUAUUGCGCUUCGUUUUAAUGAUUUCUGUCAUUCUCUCCCUUGCACGUGCU